GGUUCCGAGGCCAGCGGCGCGGGAAGCACACAGACGGCUGUGAGCGAGCGGCGGGGGCCUCGGGACGCGGCCAUGGACCCUGUGGGGGCAGCAGACCCCUCAGCGCCCCCAGGCCCUUUGACUCACCUGAACCUGCUGGACGACUCGGAGGCGCGGCCGCAGAGCGGAGCCGACGGGCGGAGCCUCCCGGGCAGCUGGAGCAGGUCAUCCCCAGAGCACACCACUGUCCUGAGGGAAGGCGUGCGCAGGUGCUUGCAGCAGCAGUGUGAGCAAACGGUGCGGAUCCUGCACGCCAAGGUGGCCCAGAAAUCAUAUGGAAAUGAGAAACGGUUCUUCUGCCCCCCGCCCUGUGUCUACCUCGCAGGUCCUGGCUGGAGGGUGAAGCCAGUGCCGGGCCAAGCCCACCUGGCCGGGGAGACGGGGCCCACGGUCUGCGGUUACAUGGGACUGGACGGCGCUUCCGGCAGCGCCGCCGAGACGCAGAAGUUGAAUUUCGAGGAGCAGCCCGACUCCAGGGAGUUCGGUUGCGCCAAGACCCUGUACAUCUCGGACGCGGACAAAAGGAAGCACUUCAGGCUGGUGCUGCGGCUGGUGCUCCGAGGGGGCCGGGAGCUGGGCACCUUCCACAGCCGCCUCAUCAAGGUCAUCUCGAAGCCGUCGCAGAAGAAGCAGUCCCUGAAAAACACGGACCUGUGCAUAUCCUCGGGCUCCAAGGUCUCCCUCUUCAACCGCCUGCGUUCCCAGACUGUCUCCACGCGCUACCUCUCCGUGGAGGACGGCGCCUUCGUGGCCAGUGCGCGCCAAUGGGCUGCCUUCACCCUGCACCUGGCUGAUGAUCACUCUUCCCAGGGGGACUUCCCACCUCGAGAGGGCUAUGUCCGCUACGGCUCCCUGGUGCAGCUCGUCUGCACUGUCACGGGCAUCACACUACCUCCGAUGAUCAUCCGCAAAGUAGUCAAACAGUGUGCGCUCCUUGACGUGGACGAGCCCAUCUCACAACUGCACAAGUGUGCAUUCCAGUUUCCUGGUGGUCCUCCAGGAGGCGGUGGCACCUACUUAUGUCUUGCCACAGAGAAGGUGGUGCAAUUCCAGGCCUCCCCCUGCCCCAAGGAGGCCAAUAGGGCGCUGCUCAACGACAGCUCUUGCUGGACCAUCAUUGGCACCGAGUCGGUGGAAUUCUCCUUCAGCACCAGCCUGGCGUGCACCCGGGAGCCGGUCACCCCGGUGCCCCUCAUCAGCACCCUCGAGCUGAGUGGCGGGGGUGACGUGGCCACGCUGGAGCUCCACGGUGAGAACUUCCACGCGGGGCUCAAGGUGUGGUUCGGGGACGUGGAGGCCGAGACCAUGUACAGGAGCCCGCGGUCCCUGGUGUGCGUGGUGCCGGAUGUAGCCGCUUUUUGCAGCGACUGGCGCUGGCUGCGCACACCCAUCACAGUGGCGGUGAGCCUGGUGCGCCCCGACGGCCUCUUCUACCCCAGCGCCUUCUCCUUCACCUACACCCCCGAAUACAGCGCGCGGCCCGGCCCCCCGGGCAAACCCCAGCCCCCCGCGGACGCGGAGGCCGACGCGGACGCGCUCCUGGAGAGCAUCCACCGCGAGUUCACGCGCACCAACUUCCACCUCUUCAUCCAGACGUAGGCGCGCCCGGGCCGGGCGGUUCACGGUCCGAGGCCCUCCCCUGCGCGGUUUGGAAGGGAAGGACCCUUCCGAGCAGCGGGGGAAGGCUCUCGCCACUGAAACCCGCCCCUGCGCGUCUUCCAGGAGUCACGGCUCCUCCUUUGACAUCUAGGAAGACAGGACCUGAGUGACGCUCUCUGUGUCCGGUCACGAGUGUGGCUCUCACCGCCUUUGUCUCUGUUUCUAAAUCAAACAAUCUGUCUCUCUCCCUCAGUAACUUUGUAGAUCUCUCUAUUUGUGUGCCCCUGUCGCUCCAUCUUUGCCUCUCUACAUCUCUGUGUCUCCCAUCGUUUCACAUGCCCAGGCCUGGCCUGCAGGCCCUGGAGCAGUGGCUCCUGACCGGAGUAUGAGAUCUGUCUUGGUGUGCCAAGUCCCACCUGGAGCAGUGGGUCCCGCCUGGAGCACUGGGCUCUAGCCGGGAGCACAGACUCCGGCACUCCCUCAUGCUCCUUAUGGCCGGAGCAGGCACAGUCGCUGGUGUUUCCUCUUCGGCUCACACCUUUAGUGGCUGGGCAGGUUGCCUGGGGCAUUGCGAAGUUCUUGCCAUCUUAACUAGCCAACCCAGGGAUUUCUCUCAGAGGCCCAGUAGGAUGAAGUCCUGAGGAUCAGGGGUCCCUCUGCUGUGCUAGCAGUGCCCCCAGUCCAAGGCAGAGCCUAAUCUAUAUGACGCACCUGCACAAGGAGGUGCCCAGUGUACUCCCCCUCCUCACACACACACAGAAGAAGGAAACUGCGAUGGAGCAGAGAGCCUGCCCUUUGGGCCCUUUCUAGAGAAGAAGCUAGCAUCCUUGACCCUGUUCCUGCCGCGGGGGCCACCUGUCAGCUCUGGCGAUGAGUUACCCUACUAGCUAUCCCCCACCCCAAGCAAAGAUGCACCCCAGGCCCAGAGACAAACACAAGAUACAGAAUAAAACUUUCCCAGGACAAUUCUGGGCACAAGUCCUGCGAUCAACUGGGCAGUAACCCAGCUGAGAGGGGAGCUUCCUUGCAUGAGGCCUGGGGACUAAAUCACAAACCAUCCCUGCUCAACCUGCCCACCUUCUGUCUGGUCUGUGCUCUACAGGGAAGCAGAAGAACCAGGCAGCAUCCUUGCUCAGGCUGUUGGAACCAGGGACACAGAUAUCACGGGUGCCAGCUACCUGUGCUAGCCCCGGAUGGUGCUAAAUGGAGAGAACUGGUUUGAAAUGUUGGUUCAGGGCUUUCACUUCCCCCUUGUCCUGACCUUCCUUGAACUCUGAGGAGGUGCUCAUUUCCUGCAAAACUCCUCCCCCAGAGCAUGGAAAGCCCCAUGAGAGAGAAGAUGCUGACGUUUUCCAAGAGGUUUGCUCUUUAGACUUCCCAAAGUGUGCAGCAGCAGGCUGAACCCACUAUGACAGGGAAGGAGAAGCUUGUUCAAAGCCCCUAAUAGCUGCUGAGAGCGAAUCCUGGCCAAGGAAUGCAGGGCACAAGUUGAAUGGAAAUGUCCCCAACAUGAGUGCACACCUCAGGAGAGCUCGGGCUCAGUGCCUGUGAUGAUGUGGAAGCAGGAAGCCACUUAUAAGGAGGUUAAGAGGAGUUUUAUAGCACACCACACAGGAAGUUGGUGCUCAAGGGCCCAUCCAGCCCUGUGCUCAAGGACUUCCUCUACCACUCUACAAAGCAGGAGUGUCAGAAGCCAAGAACCUAGGUUGGCCUGAAAGCCCAGGCCCAGCCAUGCACCUCUGUCUUCUGCACUCCCCUCAGGGCACCUUAGAACCCUUGGUCCCACCUGCACACCCACCUGGAAGUCUACCACCUCAAAGCUCCAGCCCUAGCCUGUCUUCUGAGUUCCAGCUACUGGACUGUCCUUGGAGGUCCUCCUAGCCCCCGAUCCUGAGUUCAUGGAACAUCAAACCCACCUCCCUGCCCACACCCCUCACAGCCCCUGAUCUUUUAUCUCCAUCCCCCACACCACCCAGUUUCAGAGGCCUAAGGACUGACUCCACCUCUCCUUCCACGCUAAAGUAGGCUUCCUCCUUUCCUCUCCCUUCACUACUGCUCUGUUCUCCAAACCCAGCUCAGAUGUCACUGCCUCCAAGAUUCCCCCAAGCAGGACCAGCUAUAUAAUUUGUGGGACCCCGGGGCAAAAAAAAAAAAAAAA